CAGACACCAUGUUCAAGAAAGAAAUCCCCCCGAGCAACCGCUCGAAAGUCAAAUCCAGCGUGCAGCGCGCCCUGCGCCAACGCUUCCUGGAGACCUACCCGGGCUUCGAGCCGUACAUCGAGGAGGUCCUGCCCAAGAAAGCCCAGCUGGAUGCCGUGAAGCUCCCCGAAAGAGCCACCCUCUACAGCAUCGACUCCACCCCGCUCUUCUUCCAACCGCUCGACGGCCCGCCGAUCCCGCAUCUGAAGCUUCUGCACGCCUACCCGGACGCUCUGCCGACGGUGCAGAUCGAUCGCGGCGCCAUCCGGUUCGUGCUCUCGGGCGCGGCGCUCAUGGCGCCGGGUUUGACUUCCGCGGGCGGGAAAUUGCCGGACACCGAGCAUGCGGUGGAGGCUGGGCAGGUGGUCGCGGUUAAGGCCGAGGGCAAGGAGACGGUUUGUCUGGUCGGGGUGUUGAAGGUUGGCACGGAGGAGAUUAAGGCGAAGGGGAAGGGGGUCGUUUUGGAUGAGGGGCAUUAUCUUGGGGAUGGGCUUUGGAGGAUGGUUUUGGAUUAGAUUUCUUUUUUUUUUUUUCUUUCUUUCUCUGAUGGGAUGAGAGGGGUUGGAGGGGG